AUGUUUACUUCAAUGAAAGUUUUGUUACAGCGCUCUUUGGUUCUGAUUACCAAGAUUCAGGGUCAGAAUAUUGUCCGUCAGAAGCUGAUCAGAAUAGUGCUAGCUCUAACCAAUUUGGAAGAUGUUUUACAAGAGGGACUUCAAAGUUCAAGAUUACAAGAAGACAGAAUCACAGGGAAACCAAAGAAGAGAAUAAGAAAAACUGAGAAUUGGGCUAGGAAUGUGAAGAAAUCAAAACGUAAUAAAGGAGAGGAAUAUUUCAACUACAAGGGGGUAACUGUACCAGCUAAGACACCUAAGGUUAAUAUUCUUAAGCUCUCUAAAAAUAUGAGAGCACAUUUGGGCGGGGAUGAGUCUGCUGGUAGAUUUUCAGAUCUCCUUCUUAAAAUCGGUAAUGGUGAUUUUCCAUCGUUUGAUGGCAUGUUAACCAUCCCGGAAGAAUUGUGCACAGUUGUUACUACGGUUCAAGAAUUGCUGUCUAAAGUUUAUCCAGACAUUAUUCAUAUACAUGACAAGCCUAUUGAAUGGUUAUGUGAGCGUGCCAUACUUACUCCAAAGAACGAUCAAGCAGCAGCUAUCAACGAUAUCCUGCUCAUGUCGUUUGAGGGCGAAGAAAAGGUCUAUACUUCGAUUGAUACUGUAGUUAAUACGGAUGACGCUACUAAUUACCCUGUAGAAUUUUUAAAUUCAUUGAAACCGCCAGGUUUGCCUUAUCAUAAGCUUAUUCUGCGCGUGGGUACUCCAAUUAUGUUGUUGCGAAAUUUAAAACCACCAAAACUUUGUAACGGUACGAGACUGCAAGUGAAAGCGUUACAUCGCAAUAUAGUGGAAGCCACUAUAUUAACUGGGUGUGCAACAGGGGAAACUGUAUUUAUACCACGAAUCCCAUUAAUACCUAACGAUAUCCCGUUCGAAUUUAAACGAUUACAGUUUCCCCUAAAAGUCUGCUUUGCCAUGACAAUAAAUAAGUCUCAGGGGCAAACUCUCAAAUUUGCGGGUAUUGACUUGAGAGAACAUUGCUUCUCUCAUGGACACAAAGUUCUAGCACUCCUGAUUACCACACCCAAGGUUAUUUUAGUAGGCCACAUCAUCUUGACUCUACACCAGCAGUAG